ACAGCAAUGGGUAGCGGAGGCUCCAAGCAGGAGCAACACGUCUUCAAUGCUGAUGCGCCAGUACGAUUAAGCCAAUCCGUCGUCAACUCUCUGCAAAACAGUCCAGAGUCCGAUACCACCCGCGCGCAAGACUACGAGUUGAAGAUCCAAUCCCGCGUACACGAGGAACUGCGCAAAACCCGCGAAAACCAAGCCAAGCGCCUCGACUCUCUUACAGCCUCCCUCACCACGAACCAACCCAAACCCGAAGAAUCCUCACCGAAAUCAGAAGGCGAAAACAGCGGUCUUUUCGCGACCCUCAGCUCACCAUUCUACCACGACUGGAGCGCAAAAGAGAAGGGUUCAAAGACCGCCAACGUAGAUUCCGGACGCAGUUCAGACAGUGUGAACAACGAGAUCAUGGAUCUCAGGAAGAAGCUAGACUCGAGGAAGAAGGUGGAGAAGGUGCCCAAGGAGCUGGAGAAGGCGAAGGAGAGUUUGGUGUCUUGUUUGAGGAACAACGAUCGGAGACCGCUGGACUGCUGGGAAGAGGUGCAGUCUUUCAAGACCGAGGUUGGCAAGCUGGAAAAGGCUUUCAUUCAAAAGGCGGGUGGAUAGGCUGGGUGUGUGCAUGAGGCGGAGGUGUACAUAUAUCAGGGUGCAGACUCUAUGCGCCUGGCGGAUGACGUGAGGAGGCAGGAGCGAUGCACCCGCGGCGCAAGUGAGAGAGGAUGGGGACAAGACCAGCAGGCGCAUUGAGCACGUCCACCGUGCACUAUCGAAAUCAUCCACAGG